AAUUAUAACAAAAUAAAGACAUGUAAAGUUGCUGCACGUAUACUGUUUCUAAGACCUGGAAUAGUUGGCGAAAGCAGUACACCUGGAAGACAAUUUAAUAACACCAUCAAUUUUAAUCUGCUUGAUUUCAACAGGUUUCACCAACCUGCUGUGGGCUUCAUUCUAAACGAUAUUGACGGAUUAGGUAGCCGAAUAUCCUUUUGAUUAUGACAGUUUAAACCAAGAUUCUUCGGUUACUCACUAUAAAGUUCAUCGCAUUUCAUUUACAUUUUAGAAGUGGCUUACCACACAGAGUUAGAACGGUUAUUUUAUGCACUCUCUUUAGCCACAGCCAGAAAAGUGAUUAGGUGGAGAAAUUAAUCCAGUAUUGUUUGAAGUUGUGUUGCACGUUAAGAGCAUUUUUAAUUGUUAAAGAAAAGUAGAAGACACUGGUAUGACUUCAGUUAGUCUAGAGAGGUUACAAUUUGCAGAUGGAAAUAAUAUUAGCGAAGUUGAGUCUGUUGGACGCUCUAAUUCCCAGACGAAAAACACUAAAAGCCAGGGAUGUUACAUCAGCACAUUGACUGGAUUUAUUCUCAUUCUUCUAACUAUAGUUAUUGCUGUUGGAAUUGGAGUAAUAGUUUUCUUCGGAAGCUAUGGGAGAAAUGUCGUCUGCAAUUGCAAGUACCCGGAUGUACAAGAACAGGUUGGACAAUCUAGUCAAGCCCUCAAAGAUGUAUGCACAACUCUUAAAAAUCACGAUCGUGAAAUAUGUUUGAAUGGUAGGAGUUGUCCCCAAACACUCGGAGCUGCUUUGUCAACACUAACCCCGGUUCUAUCAACAACUCCAGCGCCCCCUGCUGUCGACGUACGCUUACCAGGGCAUUUCUAUCCCAGACACUACAAAAUCGAGCUAUAUCCUGAUCUAUACAAAGAUGACCCAAAGCUUUUCAAAUUCAGUGGUAAGGUUGAAAUCCAUCUGGAAACCUUGAUUUCAACAAGCGAAGUCAUCCUCCAUAUUAAUAAAUUAAACAUCGAUGAUGCCACCGUAGCGUUCUACAAAGCAGAUGGCUCUACCGGGCCGAACAAACGAGGCAAAUAUGUGGAGGAUAAAAAGAGACAGUUCUUUAUACUACAGCUUGAUAGAGCAACUACCGUUGGUGAAAAUUAUACAAUUAGCAUGGAGUUCCAGGGCAACCUCACUGGGAGCCUCGCUGGUUUAUACUCAAGUCAGUACAACGAGGGCAAUGCGACAAGAUAUAUCGCAGCUACCCAGUUCCAGCCAACGGACGCAAGGAAAGCAUUCCCAUGUUUUGAUGAACCUGGAAUUAAAUCUACAUUUGACAUUGUUCUGGUUCGUAAGCCCCACAUGACAUCCUUGUCAAAUAUGCCGAUAAAAGAAACCGUAGCUAGGCCCGAUGGUUUAGUGGCUGAUAUAUACGAGAGAACAGUGAAGAUGCCUACCUAUCUCCUUGCAUUCAUUGUGUGCGAUUUUGCGAAAACUGAAGGAGUUACUGAAAAUGGUAUUAAAUUCAGAAUUUGGUCCAGGAAGGAAGCAAUCAACCAAACGCUUUAUGCAUUGGAAACUGGAAUCAAAAUAUUAACUUACUUCGAAGAAUACUUUGACAUACCAUUCCCUCUUCCGAAGCAAGAUAUGAUAGCCAUUCCUGACUUUGCCGCUGGAGCAAUGGAAAACUGGGGCCUUAUAACAUAUCGGGAGACCGCCCUGCUGUAUGACGAGAACGGAUCAUCGGCAUCUAAUAAGCAGCGUGUAGCAGUUGUUGUUUCGCAUGAACUGGCACACCAGUGGUUCGGCAAUCUUGUUACGCCUGGAUGGUGGGACGACCUAUGGUUAAACGAGGGAUUCGCAAGUUACGUGGAAUACCUUGGCGUCAACCACUGUCACCCUGAUUGGAAAAUGCCCGAGCAGUUCGUGACUGAAGAUUUGGAGGAUGUCUUCAGACCUGAUGGCCUCGCCACGUCCCACCCUAUAUAUGUUCCCGUUAACCAUCCUGAUGAAAUCAAUUCGAUAUUUGACAGAAUAUCAUAUGGCAAAGGUGCUUCUGUUAUACGCAUGAUGAACAGGUUUUUGACGGAAGGGACAUUUAGACAAGGAUUGACGAAUUACCUCAAUAAACAUCAAUAUGGUAAUACUCAUCACAGAGACCUUUGGGCAGCUUUAACAGAGCAAGCAGAAAGCGAGGGUAAGACCAUAGAUGUCGGGGAGGUUAUGAACACGUGGGUGGAGCAGAUGGGAUACCCUGUCGUGACGAUUACACGAGAUGGAAGCAUCGCCAAUGUCAAGCAGCAGCAUUUCUUGAUUGAUCCAACGCAGGAACCAAGUCCAAAAUACCCCAGUGCAUUCGGGUACAAAUGGCAUAUUCAUCUAAGUUACACAACUGCAUCUCAAAGAGCUUGGGAGACCCCUUCUACGAAAUGGAUGCCACUAGUUGAAGAAAUGACCCUAACGGGUCUACCAGCAGAUUCAGCUGAUUGGGUUCUUGGAAACGUACAACAAACUGGUUAUUACAGAGUAGAUUACGACAGGGCCAACUGGCAAGCGCUUACUAAGCAAUUAAAGAACAACCACUUGGCAAUACAUAUGAACAAUCGAGCCCAGUUGAUAGAUGACGCGUUUAACCUUGCCAGGGCAGGCAUACAUAAUGUAGAUACAGUUGAUGCGAUGGAGACAACCAAGUACCUAAGCAAUGAAAGAGAUUAUAUUCCAUGGGAGUCAGCCAUUGUAAAUCUUGACUACAUCCGAAAGAUGCUUAGCAGUACGGCUGCAUAUGGUGAAUUUAGGACAUACAUGCUGCAUCAAACGCUCCCCCUAUACGAGACCCUUGGAUGGAACGAAUCUAAUAGCAAUCCACAUCUUGACCAAUAUCUACGUACUUUGGCAAUCUCUCGGACGUGCUACAACGGCCACCAACCAUGCUUGGAUAAAGCACUCCAGCUGUUCCAAGAAUGGAUGCGAAACCCUGACGUUAAUCCAAUACAUCCAAAUGUCAAAGCAAUCGUUUACUGCAAUGCCAUCCGCAAUGGAGGCAUUGCAGAAUGGGAUUUCGUGUACAGCAGAUUCAGAGUGGAGAAUCUCGCCUCUGAGAGAUCACGACUUCUGGCGUCCCUUUCCUGCUCCAAUGAGCCAUGGAUAUUAAGCAGGUAUUUAUCCUGGACUAUAGAUGAGAACUAUAUCCGUAAGCAGGACUCGGUAUCCACAACAAUUUACAUUUCGAGGAAUCCCAUUGGUAGACCUCUAGCAUGGGAUUUCAUGAGGUCUAACUGGAACUAUAUAUUCGACAAGUACGGCACUGGUUUCUUUGCUUUUACAAGUAUGCUAAAAGGCAUAACAGAGUCAUUCAAUACAGAAUUCCAACUGCAACAGGUGCGGGACUUUUUGGAAAUUAAAAAGGCCGAAAACAAACUAGGCUCGGGACACAGGGCCUUGGAACAAGCAAUUGAAAAGACAACUAGCAAUAUAAAGUGGAUGGAUAAUAACUAUGAAAAACUUAAGACAUGGCUUGAAAACUAUAAUAACCAACGCCGAUAGCUUUAGGAAAUAGUUGGAAUCAAGCAGGGACUAUAAGUAGUUAAAAUUAUCUCCAACUACUCCAUAGUCAUUCACAUGUAAAAUCCCCUGAUUUUAAUUAUGGUUAAAACUAUAUCAUUAGGGAAUAUUUUGAAGUUUGGAGCACUAUACAUAUUUGUCAGAACUCAUUCAUUAAACAUUCAUGAUGCUUCGCCACAUGACAUGGACUAAGGAAUGAAAAUGGCAUGCUAAAGAUGGGAACUAGAACAUGCUUGAAUAUUAUUGUGACGUCGGGUUCGGCCGAGUAAAAUCCUCCUGCUGAAGUUUGAAGUACUAAACAUAUUUGUCACAUUCUUUAUUCUAUCUUUUGUAAAUAUAAAUGUAUAUCUAUUUACUGAUAUGAAAAUAUAUUUCAAUUACAAGAAGCGGGAUAACUUAAAAUCAAUAUAAUUAUAAUUAUUAUGAAAUACGCCCCUUCAUAAGUUUGACUAUUUGAAGAAGAUACCGGAUGUUCGAAUCCUAAUUUUGUUCCUCAAUUGCUAGUUAUGAUGAAUUUGUUUAAAUUGCCAAACAUCAUUAAAAACGUGGUCCGAAAGGGGACUUAAAAGAGUCAAACUUUUGAAGGGACUGUGUACAUGUAUAUUUUAUAUGUCUGUAGUUAAAUGAGACGGAAUCAUAAAAUCUACCGAACAACCUUAACAUAAUAACUAUAUAACAUGUCAUAUUAAUAACCAUGGUUGCAAUUUGAAUAUCAUAUCCAAUAUGGAAUAGAAUGUUGCAAAAGAUGACACUCAAAUAAGAGUUCAAUUGUAAUCAUAUGAUAUGUUCAAAUAAUGAUUAAUUUCGUCCAUACAAUUGUUCAUUAGACUAUAUAUGUUACCAUUUCCAGCCAUUAAGUGGUAAAAUCUAGGAAUAAAUCGUCAAAUUACACACAAGAGGAGGGAAACCCCAGAGCUCAGAGUAAACCUCAAAAGUAUUC